AUGCGCAUGUUACGCUGGUCAGCGGGUGUCACACUGCUGGACAAAGUACGGAAUAUCCACAUCAGAGGGAGUUAUAAGAUCGCGCCCAUAAUCGACAAGGUUAAAGAACGCCGCCUACGAUGGUAUGGACAUGUACUCCGCCGCCCUGAAGACCAUAUGGUACGAGCUGCCCUGAGCAUACCCACGACAGCGCGAGGCGCCGGAAGACGGCCCGCCACCUGGUUAACGACGGUCCAGAAGGACCUAAAAGAGAUAGGAAUAGACAACACCGUAGCCCAAAACCGGGAACAGUGGAAAAUGCAGACAAGGAGAGCCGACCCCAGAUGA